UGUGACGCAACCCUACUCGGCCACAACGCCGUUGCCGGGAGGCAUGGCUGGUGCCACUGCUGUGACGCAACCCUACUCGGCCACAACGCCGUUGCCGGGAGGCAUGGCUGGUGCCACUGCUGUGACGCAACCCUACUCGGCCACAACGCCGUUGCCGGGAGGUAUGACUGGUGCCACUGCUGUGACGCAACCCUACUCGGCCACAACGCCGUUGCCGGGAGGCAUGACUGGUGCCACUGCAAUCAUUGGUUCUCAGCUUGAAUGUCAAGCUGUUUCAGUUGCAAAUUCCGCGCCACCGCAUGGAGAAAUUCUUGCGGCGUUGGCCCGAGCUGCUGCUAUAGAGGGUGCUGAGUCGUGGAAGGGCGUGAAGUGGACCAAUAAGAACGUUGGCAACUAUAUUCAGCGUCGUUUCUACGGUGCUGAGCCAAGUCUUCGUGCGCCAGACAUUGAAAAGCAAAAACACCGCAAGAAAUGUCUCCCAAACAUUCGGGUUGUUCCGCUUAGCGCGAAAAAGGGCUCUGGGGAGCUGGGCCCAACAGCACCAUAG